AUGGCCGACGAAGACUCCAAGUCAAACAAACGAACACACGAGGACUUCGCGGGACAAGAUGAUGACAGCUCCUCCGACGAUGAUAUGGGCCCUCAGCUGCCCAGCGAGGCCCCGAAGAAGAAGCGUCGAGUCCUCCCGUACGAAAAGCUUUAUAUCGCCGCCCUACCCAAGUCCUCCCGAUACUCGAAGUCCCUGAUGCACAAGGAGCAGCUUUCCUUCGUGACCGUUACGCCCUUGACCGACUUCAUCAUAACUUCCUCGACCGACGGUGUUGUAAAGUUUUGGAAAAAGGUGGCAGAGGGUAUUGAGUUCGUCAAGGAGUUCAAAGCACACAACGGCGAGAUUAAGUCAGUCUCAGCCAGUCAGGAUGGAAGAAGCUUCGCAACAGCUGGAGAGGACGAGACCAUCAAGAUCUUUGAUGUUAUCACUUUCGAUCUGCUAGCCAUGCUGAAGCUCGCUUUUGUGCCUCGGUGCAUCUGCUGGGUCCAUAACAGGGGCGCCUCGCUACCGCUGCUCGCUGUCUCCGAGGACGCGAAUUCAAACGUCCACAUUUUCGACGGGAGGGGAGAAAGACAGGAUCCCAUUCACACAAUUAAGUCGCUUCACAGAAGCCCUGUAUCGAUAAUGGCCUUCAACAGCGUCUACGACUGUGUGAUCUCGGCCGACGACAAGGGUAUGUUGGAGUAUUGGCGGCCAAGUGAAGACUACGAGAAGCCCGACAACGUCUUCGAGUUCAAGGCCUCUACGAAUCUCUUCGAAUUCAAGAAGGCAAAGUCCAUUCCCACGUCCAUCACCAUCUCACCGACGGGCAAACAUUUCGCAACCUUCUCCCAACCCGACAGAAAAAUCCGCAUAUUUGACUUUGCGUCGGGCAAACUUUACAGGACUUACGACGAGUCCCUGCAAGUUAUUGAGGAGAUGCAGCAAGCAGGAUCUGGACUUCAGAAGCUGGAUCCCGUUGAGUUCGGGCGCCGAUUCGCGGUGGAGCGCGAGAUUGACUCCCCAGCAUACAAGCACAAGGCCAAUGUCAUUUUCGACGAAUCUGGGAAUUUCAUCCUCUACGGCUCCAUUGUUGGCGUCAAAGUGCUCAACACUUAUACUAACCAAGUAGUCAAGGUAUACGGCAAGGAAGAAAACUUCAGAGCCGUCAACUUGGCGAUAUACCAAGGUCAACCGCAGAAGAAGGGCAUUACCACCGUAGAGAUGGGUGCCUCGAGCAACCCCCUACUUCAGGAGUCAGAGUCGAGAGAUCCGAUUCUGAUUGCCACAGGCGUGAACAAAGUGCGGUUCUACAUGUUCACCAAUGACGAGGACAUAUCCAAGUCGGUCAGAGAUGUGCAGAACGAGAAACCGACUAUGCUUGGACAGAAGAAGGCUGCCGAGGCUAAGAAGGCAGAGACUGGAACCGCAGCGGUGAUCCACACGACAUACGGCGACAUCCAUAUUCGCCUCUUCCCUGAUGCGGCACCGAAAGCCGUCGAGAACUUCGUCACUCACUCGAAGAAGGGAUACUACAAUAACACCAUCUUCCAUCGUGUGAUUCGAAAAUUCAUGAUUCAGUGUGGUGACCCCCUGGGUGAUGGUACCGGCGGCGAGAGUAUUUGGGGCAAAGAGUUCGAAGAUGAAUUCAGCAGCUUGAAGCACGACAAGCCAUACACUGUCAGCAUGGCUAAUGCAGGCCCGAACACCAAUGGCAGUCAGUUCUUUAUCACCACAGAAAAGACGCCUUGGCUGGAUGGCAAGCAUACAAUCUUUGGACGUGCCACGCAGGGCCUGGACGUCAUUCACAAAAUCGAGAAUGUCCGGACGUAUAAGGAAAAGCCUGAGGAGGACAUCAAGAUCCUGAACAUCGACAUCCAUGCCGCGCCCAAAGAAGCCGGGGGCUCCAGAACCGAAAAGGCGAAGUCGAAAUGGAUGUUGGUGCAGGCCAUGCAAAGGUCGCAAGGUAAAGUGCGUUGUCAAAGGACAGGAGAGAUCUGUGAUUAUAGCGUCCGAUUAAAUUGGGAAGGUCGUCGGACGAAGAGGUCUUCAUCGUUUGGGACCCCAAACCAUGCCAGUCAGCCAUUUCAGGAGGCCACGGCUUCGCAGAACCAACCGCCAUCGUUCACCCACACAUUCUCCGUCAAUGCCACAUCCACCAAUAUACAACCAAAGCCGAUGGUACAACGCAUACAGACGGCUCCGAGUAGUAUCGAGCCCACAAGGAGGAAACAAGAACCCACGGAUAUGCGUGUCUUUGGUAUCAACGAAGCCGGAACGAGCUCCUUUUAUUCCACACCACCGCAAGAAAUCCAAGCGAGUGUCCCAUCGCCUAUCAUUCCCAAACAUGUCGUUGACAGUUUUGCCUCUCUCCGUCGCAGUUCAUCUGGGACUGUAAGCCCGUCAUCACAGCGGCCCCACAAACGAUCCAAAUCGUUUGCCGAACCAAGUGACUCUGAGUUCCAUCGCCAACCUAGCCUGCUAGCUUCUCCGGCAUCACUUGUAGGAGCGAGUCCUCCAAUUUGUCGGAUGCGUUCCAAUCCUGGCCCCAAAGUUCGGGCAUUGCCUUUAACGCCAGUGUCCUCAGGAUUGAAUCCUGAAGAUGACGCAGCAACUCCAUUGCUUACCCUCCCGUCACCAGCGUCCCCUGAAAACAGCAGAUUGUCGGUAGACUACCUAUUAUCGGGGUCCCCGGACUUAGCUCAUCGACCAAAGAGGCACGCUCAGUACAACUUCGGACCACCUCUGCCAGACCUACGGCCUAAAGAGGACGUAUCGGAAGAUGCCAUUUUCUAUGGCUAUGACCUCGGGUUUCGAGACGCCGAUAUCAAUCAGAACAACGAUUUAGGCGCUAUCUCCAAGACAACCUCGGACGGUGAGAGUUCUAUGACUGUCAUGAGUGGUGGACGUGGUGGCUUCCCGCCUCUUCAACCCAGGGGCAUUAGUUUGCAGAGCAGUAUCCUACCUCGAAUGACAGGGGGCUACUAUGACAGGCCCAUCUUGAUUCGAAUUCCUCGUAAUCUCGAGCCCCUUCCUUCAAAGCUUCGAGACAACCCAAUGAAUCUCUUGCAAAGAGUAAGAUUUCUGCUCAGAGAUUCAAGCACGGCGCUUACACAUAAAGUUCUUGUGCCCUACGAUGACCCAAGUUCCAAUCCAUUCCGCACAGUCCUGCCGCAAAUGGCCACUCGAAACGACCACCUCUUGAGUUUGCUUUUGGCAUAUUCAGGCAAGAAACAUGUUCAUGCUCCAGGGACAUCACAAACUAAUUCCUCAGUAGCGUCCCACCGGGCCAAGCUUCUUCGUCAAAGGGAACCCGAGAUGAGAAUCGCCCUUUGGGUCCAAGAUAUUUUUCCCGUCCUCCGCCUAGCGUUGGGUGACAGGGAACAAAUCAUCUCCAACACAAGCCUCGCAACCGCCAUCAUGCUUGCGUCUCUGGAGAUCAUAUCCCCCACGGCAUUCGGCUACGAAAUUCCUUGGCAGACGCACUUGAACCUUGCUCGCGAUCUCAUGCGAAGACGUCUAGCCGAUCUUCGAAAAACCUCUUACAGUCUUGAAGAGGACCGCGUCUGUUCCUUCUUAUGGAGCUGGUUAGCCUACCUAGACGUCUUGGGAAGCCUCAGCGGCGGUACGGGUUCCGAACCAUCUAGGUCAUGGGUCCUCGAGUACACAAUGUACAACAACGUUGACGACAAGUAUAAAAUUGACUGUAUCAUGGGCUUCACUACAAAUUGCGUCCAGCUGCUUGCAAAGGUAUCUGAGCUCGCCCGCCAUUGCGAUAUGCAGCGCAUCAGAUCUGAUGGCCAAGCUCGACCGGAAUGGAUUCCAGACACUGACUGCGUCCGCCGUGCCCAGCAGCUUGAGCGGGAGUUGAUGGAGAGUAUGACACAGCCGUCACAUCCUUGCAGACAUGUGCAGAAUGUCGAGGCUAGGGAUAGGCAGGAAAUGGUGCUGAUGAACGAGGCCUUUCACUGGGCUGGGCUGGUCCACAUACAUCGGCGUGUGUUCGGCAAGUUGUCAGGCCACGCGGACGUCCAAGGGCCUGUGCAGAGAAUCUUCUCUUGCAUGGAGUACGUCAGGGCCGGAGGCACCGCGGAGACGGGGUUUCUGUUUCCCAUGUUCACGGCCGGGUGUAAUACGCUUAACGAGGAUCAGAGGUCGAGGAUUCUUGAGAGGUUUAGGAGUGUGGAGGGAAACGGAAUGACACAGGUCCACAAGGCGAGACGACUGAUGGAAAGGGUCUGGAUGACAGGACAGCCAUGGGAACCACUCUUGUGUACGGAGUUCAUUGGCUGA